AUGAUCGAGCGUUACAAGUCUAGGCUUGUGGUUAAGGGGUACCAGCAGAAGGAGAAGGUGGACUUCAAGCAGCUUUUUGCCCCUAUGGUGAAGCCGACGACGCUGCGAACCCUAUUCGCGGGAGCCGCCAUAAAAGGAUGGGUGGUGAAGAAGAUGGACAUCGUAACGACAUUCCUCAACGGCGUCCUAGAGGAAGAGAUUUUUAUGUCGCAGCCAGAGGGGUUUGACGAUGGUAGCGGCAGAGUGUGGAAGCUGAAGAAGGCCCUCUAUGGGCUGAAUCAGGCCCCUAGGCAAUGGUACAUGAAGCUACGUGAAGUGCUGGAGGAGAUCGGCUUCACUCCCUCAACGGCCGACCACUCCUUGUUCAUGCUUGGCGAGGGGGAGCAGAGGAGCUUCAUGGUGGUUUAUGUGGAUGAAAUUCUCAUCUUCUCACCCUCCUCUGACCUUGUGAAGGAGGUGAUGCUGAAACUUCAAGACAAGUUCAAGUGCAAGUCCCUUGGUGACGUGAACUUCUACCUUGGGCUCCACAUCAAGCGUGAUGUGGAGAAGCGGUGCAUGCGGGUGCACCAACGGAAGUACCUGGAGGCCUUGGCUGCCAACUUUGGGCAGAGUGAAGGCCAUGUGGCUACUCCCUUUCCCUCUGGGUUCAAGCGUGUGAAGGGACCAGAGGAAGAGAGCGUUGGUGAAGAGGAGAGGCGCCGUUUUCACUCGUUGGUGGGCAACCUCAUGUAUGCGGCGGUAGCAGCUGGAAUGAGGGUGGCCAAGUACCUUGGGCCAAACACCGACCGUUGGGCUGCAAUACUCGGCGGCGGCGCAGAGGCGCCAAAAGGGCGCAGAUGGAGUGGAACCCGGGCGUUUGUUCCUCACUGCCUACUCGGAUGCUUCGUAUGCAUCUGA